AUGCCUGGUCCUUUUGGAGAAAGAAGCUCCUAUCCGAGUGAGAGAAAAAGUUCAAGCUUUUUAAGGGGAAAGCACCAUGGCGAUAAAUAUCGCUGGGGCUGUGUCAAUUGCCAGCUUUUAUCUUCUUAUCCUCAUGGUUGGCAUCUGGGCAGCAAGGAGAGCCAAAAAGGUUGAAAGAGGGUACGAGGGUGAUCAACCCGAAAUGGUAAUGAUCGCAGGACGAAAAAUCGGAUUCAUUCUUGGCAUUCUAACAACCACGGCAACCUGGGUUGGUGGUGCAUAUAUAAAUGGCAUCGCUGAGAUGGUGUAUCGACCGGAUGCUGGACUAGUAUGGACUGUAGCACCUUGGACCUCAAUACUUUGUUUGGUUAUUGGUGGAUUGUGUUUUGCCAAGAAAAUGCGAGCUGAGAAAUAUGUAACAAUGUUGGACCCAUUUCAGCUGCGUUAUGGGAAACAAAUUGGAAGUUUAGUGUUUAUCCCUGCCAUAAUCGGGGAAAUAUUCUGGUCUGCUGCCAUCCUUGCAGCUUUAGGUACAACAUCUAGUGUUAUUCUGGACCUUGAUAAGAAGCUAUCAGUGGUCAUUUCAGCUUGUGUAACAAUGAUUUAUACGUUACUUGGAGGGUUGUAUUCAGUGGCAUAUACUGAUGUCGUUCAAUUAGGUUGCAUUUUCUUUGGCUUGUGGCUGUGUGUGCCAUUCACAAUGCUAAAUCAUGCUGUCACUGAUAUCAAGAUCACAGCAGUUAAGGAGAUCCAUCAAAAAUCUUGGCUUGGAAGCAUUGAUGACAGGUUUAUUGGAAAAUGGAUAGAUGAUUUUUUGCUAAUGGUGUUGGGAGGAAUACCAUGGCAAGCCUAUUUUCAAAGAGUGCUGGCAUCCUCCUCUAUUAAAAAUGCUCAAAAAUUAUCAAUCGCAGGAGCAUUUGGUGGUUGUAUAAUGGGCAUCCCUUCAGUCCUGAUUGGCUCCGUUGCAGCGUCUACAGACUGGAAUCAGACUUCUUAUGGCUCCCAGUCACCUUAUGAGAAAAAUGAAGCUGCCAUGAUUCUACCAAUAGUUCUUCGAUAUUUGUGUCCUCCCUAUAUCUCCAUAUUUGGAAUCGGUGCCAUUGCAGCUGCAGUCAUGUCCUCAACUGACUCCUCUCUUCUGUCAUCCAGUUCUAUGUUCACACAUAAUAUCUACCGAAAGAUUCUUAGGCCAAAGGCAUCAGCGAAAGAAAUUCUGUAUGCAAUGAAGACCACAGUCUUUUUAGUGACAGUACUUGCCACUGUCCUUGCUCUUUUUACCAACACUAUCUAUGGUCUUUAUGCAUUAAGUGCUGACCUCGUGCAAUGUGUGGAAUUUUUAUAAGAUUGGAGAGGAGCCUCAGAAGCAAACCUAUGGGGAGAACUGUUGCUUUAGAAAAUAUUCAUUGGAACAGUCAACAUGUCUAAGAUAAUGGAUAAUGACCUUAUAGAAAGCUGUUAAAAAUUUAAUGAUGAACUGUCUUUGAGGGAAGGAGAGAUGUAAGCAUUACUAACAGAACAACUUACAGACAUCUGUAUAUGUAAGUUUAUUAACAGAAUAACUUACAGAAAUCUGUAGAGAUGUUGAAAUCCUACUAU